GUUGUGUAUCCUUGUAAGGGUUACGGUGUAUAUUAAUGCAGCAAUAGCAAAAUAAUUGGUAAUUCAGAAAGUGCCUUCCAUGAUUGUUAACAAUGGACAAACGCGACCGGUUGAUCUAUUACUCGAUUUCGCGAGUGUAUACGUGCUCGAACCGCGAUCGAUGCGGCGACAUUUUUCCGUUAAGGAAAGCAUCAGGGACCAACGAAAAGCUGGACAAUGACAAAAGUCUGGAUGGCGAUAUGGAGAAGUUCCAUACAAAGAUUUGUUCUGGGACACUUUUAGCAUAUUACGAAUGCAACAGCUGCCACUUCCAGAAACGCGGCAUAGACAGCGUAAUCUCACACAUCCGAAAUAAAGGACAUAACCUUGAAAACCAUCAAAAUCCCGCAGAGUUUGGAGAAUAUUUGCCGUUAUGGGGAAACAUUCAAGUGAGAUUUAAAGCCAAGGACAAAGUGAAAGAUCGGUUGCCAUUGGAAUCGAUAAUGGUUAAAAGAGAAAAUGAAUUCUUACGAUGGAUGAAGUUCACGAAUAUAAUUUAUGAAAAUGAGGCAUAUGAAUUGCGAAAAGAUGAAGAUAAGGCAGAAGAAUUGUUAGAUGAGUUAGAACCUUAUAUUGAAUGCUUGGCGUGCAAAAAACGGUUGAGUUAUCAGCGCAAAAAUCUUGUGGAGCAUUUUACGGAGAGGGACAACAACUUCGUGUGCCUUAAUCCCAUCGAAGUGGAACGCCAGGACGGUGUUCAAAGCGAUCAUCAGCUAGAGGCUAUUCUUGAAGAUCGCAGAGCAAUCCAAAUGAAAUAUCAGAAGGAACUUGAACAGUAUACGAGGGACCACGAGAAUGCGCUUAACACCAGGAGCUCUGAAGCAACUAUUGCAGCGCUUGAAGAGUGGAAGGAAAAGGCGCAAGAAAACCUGGAUUUUGCCACCAGGAAGGUCAACACGCUCACGAAGAGAAUCGCAUAUAGACAUCAAGAUGACCCAUCUGUAAAUGCAACUCAUGUGGAACGCCAGAAUGAUGUUCUUCGGCUACAGUCUAUUCUUGAAGAUCGCAGAGCAAUCCAGAUACAAUAUCAAACGGAACUUGAAAAGCAUAAGAGCGACUACGAGGAUUCGCUUCAAACCGACGGCCCUGAGGAAACUAGAGCAGUGUUUAAAGAGCGGAUGAAACAGGCUGAGGCAGUGUUUAAAGAGCGGAUGAAACAGACGCAAAAAAACUUGGAUUUUGCCUUGGGGAAGGUCAACACGCUUGAGAAAACAAUCGCAGAGAGGCAUCAAAAUGACCCCUCUGUAAAUGCAACUCACAAAAGCAGCACCUCAAGUGGGCAAGAUCAGAUUAGAAGAAAUUCCGAGAUGAUCAUUGAGGGCGAGCAGGCCAUAGCGUCUCUCUUCAGUCUAGAAACCAUGUGCGCUGAGUGUGGAUUCCCGUUAAAGCCAAGCUCUUGUCCGGGCACGACUGAAUUUCUAAAAAAUCAUGACGAAAAUAUGAGCUAUGCUCUAAUGGCGCAUCCAGAUCACAAGGAUCUGCAAUGUAAAGCGAAAACACUGCGAUUUGACGCAACGUGCCUGGUCGAUGGUUGCCCAGAAGUUAUAAGAAAUAUUACUCUAAAUAAUUUCCAAGAUCUCGCCUCGCAUCUCCGAGUUCAUUCGGUCAAGGUUCCGAUAUCGGAGCACAAAUUGAUAUCAAAAGCCCCGGCUCCUUUCCCAAAUCCCGUCAUGAGUGUUGCAAGAUCCCCGGCAAAGUUUACGCCGUCAAACAGAAGCACUCUCCCUAGAGAACUUGCUUUGAGUAGCGACGAAGAACGCCGAAGAAUCCCGGGUACCCCAACGUAUCAACUCGCAUUCAGUGAUUUGGAGACAAAACCAACUGUUUUACCGUUUAUUCACAAUCAAAUGGCCAAAGAGCACAUUCAUCUGAAAUGCAAGGAAGCAUUCCGCUAUAUUCCGGACCCGCGCAAUGAGAAGGAGGCUGCAACAGCUUUUCGUUAUGGCCAGUUUCCCUUAGCUCUUGUCAAAACAGGUGAGCUCGGAGAGCAGGUGGUCCAUCCAAAGCAAAAGUGGAGGUAUAUCUUUGUGAAGCGACACGAAAUGCAGAGAUUACACCGAGCUAUUGAACGAAAAUUAAAUAACCCCAGUGAAGAGUCAUCACUUCUGGUGUGCGGCUCACCUGGCUCGGGCAAAACACUCGCGUGUUACGCAUCAGCUCUUGACAUCUUCAGAAGCAAAGAUGAUAUAACCAUUGUUUGGAUCAGGCUCCAAAAAUCUGAGACAGAUGCAAGAUGCGUAAUUCUGUGGCAUUCGGGCGAAUCAGAUUAUCGUGCGUGGAACGUUAAAAUGUUCGAUUUUAAAAGUGAUUCAUUCGAGAAACUUUUGAACAAGGAAGAAUGUCUGGCGAGUAAUCAAAGUUAUCCGCAACGUAUACUGCUUUUUGUGGACGGAAUCCGACACAAGGGUGAACUGAAUAUUGGUGGCGACUCUCAAGGACAUAUGGCGGAACUAGGGAAAUUGUUCUUGUUGUGCAAAACAUGGCGAAAAGAUGAUUUAGCAAAUCGGCGCGUUAUAUACGUUUCUUCGAAUUUUAACAGUUUACUGGAAAAUCAAAGCGACGAACUGGAAAUAUUUUUUUAUUUGUCGUGGACCAAAGAAGAGGUAUUACGAGCUCUGGAAUAUAAACCAUUUCUUUCUCAAGUUCAUGGCAGAAUACUUAAAGGGGAAUAUGAACCCGAAGAUUUGAAUACCGUGAUGCCAGCCCUUCGUGACUCGGACUACGGAAACAAGCUUACCAGAGUCAAAGACAAACUGGAAGAGCAGUUCUACUCCACAGGAUAUUCAGCACGAGCGGCUUUUUUGAGUCAUACAAAAGUGCUUUCGGAACUCUUAAGCGCAUUGAGUGAAUUAAACGAUCGACAAUCGAUUGCGGCAACAGAACGGGAUGAAAAUGUUACGGCAGAUGAGCGGCUACACCUUUUCGAUCGGUUAUAUGCUUGCUACGGUAAACCGGAUAGAGAUCUACCCCGUGAUUCUUCUCGUCGUGCUGACAUUCAAAUGGAACACGUGUCGGAGUACGUCAGACAGGAAUUGAGGUUGGCGCUUACUUUAACGGAAAUCAACCGAAUGGGGAGGCAUGUAUAUGCAACGUCACCGACACUCUGGUGGCACUGGGAACAGUACGUAUAUAGGAUCGUGAUCGGGUCUGCUGAUCGAACCUUUGAUUUGAAAAUCCUUUAUGGCGACGUACAGGCGCUUGACUUCGAACUCAAAAAAAAAUUUCAUCUUGAUAGACAGAAAUUUUCUAAAACAGUGGAAGGCCAAGCGCAGUACCAAUGCCACUUGGGUACAAGCGACUUGCGAUGGCCGAAACAAGAAAAACCUUAUUCGAUCAGUGAUGAAAAACAACAGCAAGGCAAUAUUCCCCAAAACAAAGACAAUACUCCCCAAGACGAAGGCAAUACUCCCAAAGACGAUAUCUACUUCAGCCGUGAAAAUUUACUUCAGGCACAAAACAGAUACAGAAAUGUUUUCCAGCAACUCAGAUGCGCUAUACGCCAGAACGGGAAGAAUGGGGCUGGAGACUAUUACUUAAUACCAAUAAAAGAAAAUCAUCCUGGAUUUGACAUUGUCCAUAUCGGCAUCGGUGAAAAUGGAAGGGCUGUUAUUCAUUUUGCGGACAUGACAAUUAUUGAUUAUAACAAAGCCUCUAAGAAAGACGUUGAUAGCAAAUGCAAAGAAAUCUGCCUGUUCCUGAAAGUCAUGGAACAAUCUUAUGUCCUCAGCGAGAAUGCAGAUAUUAGCUGCAUCGAGCACAUCGAACUAAUAUAUUUGGCACCCGGCGCGCUUGUCAACCGAAGGAAUCCAAUCAUUAUCCAUGUAACGACUUCCGUAAGGAUACGCACAAACGCUGCCUUCUCUCAAGGGGAGCAACUGGACGCUUUUCAGUUAAGUUUCGCGUUUUCAAGAUGGAUGAAUACUCAACUUAGGCAUUACCAUCCGGGCUUCAGUCCAAGCUGGCGGCUGACUAGACGGUUUGGUGACGGCUUUGUGUGUGAGGAACCUUGAGUCGAAGAGUUUAUCAUAAUUUUAUGUACUAAUUACCACAUCGAUUUGCAAACAACGGAAUUAUUUAAUUGCAUUUAUUACAUUUCUUAUUUAUGGCGCAUUUAUUUAAUUGUUGAAUUAUGGGACGUAAUUCAGAUAACACAUUAACAAAUAAUAGAAAAUCUGAUGCUUCUUUCUAGAAAUUGUAAUAUUUAGGUAGUGUGAUGGGUUAGAACUAGCUGCAGUAUCCGCUAUCAAGUCUUGUACGUUUCCAACAACUUUUUCUCUGACUACCAGUUCAGUAAUCUUUGUAUUUGGUUCAUCGGAAAAUAAUUUAGCAUACGGACUCAUUUUAGCCGGUCUGUUCAUCGGUCUGGCUGCCUUGAUAUUAUUAUUUCAGCAGUGCGUAUACUGAUCCGUCACAAGCAUAAAAAAUUGCGGAAAGAGCGGAUAGAAAGGAAAGCGCAAGUUUAGUCGAUGUGUUGUUGU